UUUUCUUUUCUUUCCCAUUUCAAUUCCAUUCCACUUCCCACUUCUCAUACACAUUUUUUCAGUUUCACUUACUCACUCACUCACUCUCAGAAACCCUAACACCUUCGCUUCUUCAUUGCUACAACGCCAUUCACCAGAUCUGCAACCAAUUGUUGAAGCUAUGCACCAUUAGCUUCUUCAUAACAUGUCCAAUUCCGAUCCAAAUAAUCGCCACCGCACAGGUUCGUGGCCGCCGGCGACGUCUCCGGCUCCGGCUCCGGCUCCGGCGCCGGAUGCUAAAGCAAUGCCGCCUUCUUCCUGGGCCAAGAAGACCGGCUUUAAGCCCAAAUUCUCUGGCGAGACCAAUGUCGGCGAUUCGGGUCAGAUUAGCAGCCUUCCGCCCAAGCCAAGAGAACCCGAACCGAAUGUGGAUCUCGAAGCGGGUCGGGUUCGGACAAACGCGACCGCGAACGGCGUCGUUCAAGGUGACAAGGUUGUUGUUGCGCCCUCGCUUGCGAAGGAUCAGACGGUGAAGAAGCGGAAGGAUUCCGAUGGCGUUCCGAAGAGUUCCGUUCCCAGUACUAACGGACAGGCAAUCGUCGCGGCGGAGCAGCCGUCUCAGCCGCCCCGGAGAACGGCGAGGCAUGAGGAAGUGGUGGAUGGUUUGCCGCGGACUGUGGAUGACGAUGGUUUUGUUUCCAGGCACUCGCAUAUGAAGUAUGAGCUGAGAGAUUCACCUGGUUUAGUUCCCAUUGGUGUGUACGGUAUCCAGCAUUACGUUUCGAUAUUAGGUUCGUUGAUUCUCAUUCCACUUGUCAUAGUUCCUGCCAUGGGAGGCACUCAUGAGGACACUGCUAUGGUGGUAUCGACAGUGCUCUUCGUCUCGGGGGUGACUACACUCUUGCAUAUUAGUUUUGGGUCUAGGUUGCCUUUGAUACAAGGCCCUUCUUUUGUUUAUCUGGCACCUGCUCUGGCGAUAAUCAACUCCCCGGAGUUUCAAGGUUUAAAUGGAAAUAAAUUCAGGCAUAUAAUGAAGGAGCUGCAGGGGGCCAUAAUUAUUGGAUCAGCUUUUCAAGCUUUACUUGGAUAUACUGGACUUAUGUCGCUGUUAGUAAGGUUGAUCAAUCCUGUAGUUGUAUCCCCGACUAUUGCUGCUGUUGGAAUUUCAUUUUACAGUUAUGGUUUCCCAUUAGUUGGUACAUGCCUUGAGAUUGGAGCAGUGCAGAUAUUAGUGGUUAUAGUUUUUUCUCUUUAUCUUCGUAAGAUCUCUGUUCUUGGACAUCGCAUAUUUCUAAUAUAUGCAGUUCCUUUGGGUCUGGCAAUUACAUGGGCGUUUGCUUUCUUGCUGACUGAAGCAGGAACCUACAGCUACAAAGGGUGUGAUAUAAAUAUACCUGCCUCAAAUAUGGUUUCGGAGCACUGCAGAAAGCAUUUUUCAAGGAUGAAGCAUUGUCGGGUUGAUACAUCUCAAGCAUUGAAAUCCUCUCCAUGGUUUAGAUUUCCUUAUCCACUACAAUGGGGUACUCCGGUCUUCCACUGGAAAAUGGCUCUUGUAAUGUGUGUGGUUUCCUUAAUCUCAUCUGUGGAUUCGGUUGGCUCAUACCAUGCAUCUUCAUUAUUGGUAGCAUCCAGACCUCCAACUCCUGGAGUUCUGAGUCGAGGAAUUGGUUUGGAAGGUCUUUCUAGUGUCUUGGCUGGCCUAUGGGGAACUGGAACUGGGUCUACAACUUUAACUGAAAAUGUUCACACAAUUGCUGUGACUAAAAUGGGUAGCCGCAGGGCAGUUCAACUGGGUGCAUGCUUUCUGAUUGUAUUGUCUCUUGUGGGUAAGGUUGGAGGGUUCAUUGCUUCAAUUCCUGAAGUCAUGGUUGCUGGUCUCCUCUGCUUUAUGUGGGCAAUGCUUACAGCAUUGGGCUUGUCAAAUCUACGCUAUAGUGAGGCUGGAAGCUCUCGCAAUAUCAUCAUAGUUGGGUUAUCAUUGUUUUUCUCUCUUUCCAUACCUGCCUACUUUCAACAAUAUGGAAUUUCUCCAAAUUCCAACUUGUCUGUACCAAGUUAUUUUCAGCCCUACAUUGUGGCUUCUCACGGCCCUUUUCGCAGCAAAUAUGGAGGGGUAUGCCUGUGUUUUUCUAAAAUAACACUUGUUAAUAUGAUCCUUUGGCAGUUGAACUAUGUCUUGAACACGCUUUUCUCACUACACAUGGUGAUAGCGUUUCUUGUUGCUGUUAUUCUGGAUAAUACUGUACCUGGUAGUCGGCAGGAACGUGGGGUAUAUGUUUGGUCCGAACCUGAGGUUGCUAGAAGGGAACCUGCUGUUGCUAAUGACUAUGAGUUGCCCUUGGGAAUUGGUAGGAUUUUCAGAUGGGUGAAGUGGGUUGGACUGUGAAAGACUAGGGUUUCGUUGGUUGACAUUUUCAGUUUAUUAAAUGCUCUCAACUGCUCAAGCGACCCUGAGUCUAGAUUCACAUGUCUUGUGCGGCUCCAUGAUGGAUAGUAAUAGGUCAUGUUACAGAGUUGAUUUGUAUACACUGGGGAUCCAUAGGGGUCUUUUGUAUUGUAAUUAACUAGAUUAACCAUGUAUCUAGUUUUGAUUCAUUCAAAUUCUC